GAGGCCGCUCCCUCCCUUCCCGCCCGCCGCCCGCAGCCACGCUGGGCGGGGAGGCGACACUCGAGGGCUCCGCGCGGCGCCGGCGGAGCGGGAGCCGCCAGCAGCCGGGCGGGCAGCGGCGCACAUGGCAUGUCUGAUGGCGGCUUUCUCCCUGGGCAGAGCUUUGAACGGCAGCAAUUCUGCUUGUACCAUGGCUGAGCCAAAGUCAGUGUGUGUUUCGGUGGAUGAAGUGGUCUCAAAUGGCACAGAUAACCAAGACAUUCGGCUGAUGAAUGGACAUUUAAAAAAAGUGGACAAUACUCUGACAGAAGCUCAUCGUUUCUCCUACCUACCCCGCAGACCAGCUGUGAAUAUUGAGUUUAAAGAACUGUCAUACUCUAUCCAAGAAGGGCCAUGGUGGAGGAAGAAAGGUUAUAAGACCCUUUUGAAAGGAAUUUCAGGCAAGUUCAGCAGUGGAGAACUUGUUGCAAUUAUGGGUCCUUCAGGAGCUGGGAAGUCAACGCUUAUGAACAUUCUGGCAGGAUACAGAGAGACGGGAAUGAAAGGAGAAAUUCUCAUCAAUGGGCAGCCUCGUGACCUGCGCUCUUUUCGCAAAGUCUCCUGCUACAUCAUGCAAGAUGACAUGCUCCUUCCUCAUCUGACUGUCCAGGAAGCUAUGAUGGUAUCUGCUCAUCUGAAACUUCAAGAGAAAGAUGAAGGCAGGAGAGAAAUGGUAAAGGAAAUAUUGACAGCCCUUGGUUUGCUGACAUGUGCCAAUACGAGGACUGGGAGUCUUUCUGGAGGCCAGAGAAAGCGUCUUGCCAUUGCUUUGGAGCUGGUGAACAAUCCUCCUGUCAUGUUUUUUGAUGAACCAACCAGUGGCUUGGAUAGUGCAUCAUGUUUUCAGGUUGUCUCUCUGAUGAAGGCAUUGGCCCAGGGUGGCAGGUCCAUCAUCUGCACAAUUCACCAGCCCAGUGCUAAGUUGUUCGAGUUGUUCGAUCAGCUCUAUGUUUUAAGUCAAGGUCAGUGCAUUUACCGUGGGAAGGUAUUAAACCUAGUCCCUUACUUGAGCGAUUUGGGUUUGAAUUGCCCAACCUACCACAAUCCAGCAGAUUUUGUUAUGGAAGUAGCAUCUGGUGAAUAUGGAGACCAGAAUGGUCGACUGGUAAGGGCAGUACGGGAGAGGAUAUGUGACACAGACUACAAGAGAGAUGUUGGUGGUGAGAAUGAGUUGAAUCCCUUCCUCUGGCACCGUCCUUCUGAAGAGGAUUCCUCCUCCACAGAAGGCUGCCACAGCUUCUCUGCCAGCUGCCUAACCCAGUUCUGUAUCCUCUUCAAAAGAACUUUUCUCACCAUCAUGAGGGAUUCGGUCCUGACACACUUGCGUAUCACCUCACACAUUGGCAUUGGACUACUCAUCGGCUUGCUCUACUUAGGCAUUGGCAAUGAAGCUAAGAAAGUCCUCAGCAACUCUGGCUUCCUCUUUUUUUCCAUGUUGUUUCUUAUGUUUGCUGCGCUCAUGCCAACUGUCCUUACAUUUCCUCUUGAGAUGGGAGUAUUUCUUAGAGAGCAUCUGAACUACUGGUACAGCCUGAAAGCCUACUAUCUCGCCAAAACCAUGGCUGAUGUUCCUUUUCAGAUCAUGUUUCCUGUCGCUUACUGCAGCAUUGUGUACUGGAUGACUUCACAGCCGUCUGAUGCACUCCGAUUUGUCCUCUUUGCAGCCUUGGGAACCAUGACAUCCCUGGUGGCUCAGUCACUGGGUCUUCUCAUAGGUGCAGCCUCUACAUCCCUUCAGGUGGCCACUUUUGUGGGCCCAGUUACUGCCAUCCCAGUGCUGCUGUUCUCUGGGUUUUUUGUCAGCUUUGAUACCAUCCCAACAUACCUCCAGUGGAUGUCUUACAUUUCCUAUGUCAGAUAUGGCUUUGAAGGAGUUAUUCUCUCCAUCUAUGGACUGGAUCGAGAAGAUCUGCAUUGUGACAAAGAUGACACUUGCCAUUUUCAAAAAUCAGAGGCCAUUCUGAGAGAACUGGAUGUAGAAAAUGCCAAACUUUACCUGGACUUCAUUGUUCUUGGAAUUUUCUUCUUCUCUCUGCGCCUGAUUGCCUAUUUUGUUCUCAGAUACAAAAUUCGAGCAGAGAGGUAAAGGAAAAACAGCUAAAACAAUGCAGUAGGCAGAUCUUUAGAUAUGCAAUAGAGGGCACUUGACAUUGUCUCACUGUGGCAGGCCGGUCUCCAGUGCCCAGCUAGAUGCUGUUACAGCCUAGCCCAUAGAGAACCACAAUGGGAUAGUGGACAUACAGUGUUAAGCCAAUCAAUCCAGUUGGGUUGGGUCAUGUUUUCAUUACACUUUCUGGCUUUAACUAGGAAGAAGAAAUAGAAGGGAAUUUUACACCACAGAAUAUAAAUACCAAGGCAGUGUAACUGUAAUUUAAAGCCUGGCUGCAGGAACCUUCCUUAUGAAAACCAAUUUCAUGAUAAAGUCACUAGGAUACUAGUCCUGGUAGCCAGAGUAGUAUAAUGUCAUCUAUAGUUGACAAGAUAAUGAGAUGCAAAAUGGGGGAUGCAAAGACAAUAGAAUUCUCUCAUCUUUCUAAAUUCAGAGUUUCAUCUUUGCAAUUUUCUAUGUAUUAUUUUGCAAUUCUUUUCCACAGAAUUACCCCUUAUGGCCGAAAGCCUGUAAAUGUAUUAAUUAAUAAGGUAAAGAUAACUUUUUAAUACGGAUACUUUUUAAAAACACACUUAAAGUGAUUCAGGUCGUUAUUUUUGUUUCUGUCUAAAUUUAGAAUUCUGGUGCUUUACUUGUCGAGCUGGUCUCAUAUCUGAAAACUGUAAUGAUAGGAGGAAAAGGCAGAUUCUGAGUCUGCCCUAACCUGUGGUCUAUAUUUGGAAGCAUCAAUAGGUAGCACAGGCAGACAUGUUCAAACUGUCACUGAAUGAUUGAAAAAACAUUAUUUUGCGGUGUCUUUUAAAUCCUCAAUAUUUGUGAUAUUUAAAAUAGUAACUCUGCUUGUUAUCUGUUUGAUCUACCUCCUGCAAUUGAAAACAUCAAAGCACUCCAAGGCUCAUUUGUUCUUAAAUUGUGAAAGCAGAAUCUUUCCCUAAAGACUGAGUGAUUGUUAAAGCGUGAUGAGUGCAAGAGCUAUGCACAGCUCAAAGCUUGGCAUAUUGUAUUAAAACAUUUGUGACUGCCUCAUAUGGCAGUGUUCAUUAUAUCAGCAGCACACCACGUGUAGAACUCUUCUCAAAAUAUACAAAAUACCUUGUAAUACUGCAGGUCUGAUCAUGCCAAGCAGUUUUGUUCUCUUCCCGAAGUCUACAUUCAUGACAUGGGAAUUAAUAGCUAAUUGAUUUAAACACCAAUGAAACUGUUAAAAGAAGCAUACAUUUGUUUUGCAUAUCUCAACCUUUGUAAACUUGGCAGAAGGAAUUCCGGUUCCAAGCUGAUGUGAAUUUUGUCCCUGAUUUUCAUGGGUUUGGAUUUUCAACCCAAAACGAAGUUGUGGGACCCAUACUCAGGUUGGACACCUUGGUGAAUUUCUGUGCGAAUUCCACUACCUCCUGUCAUUACUGUGCAUUUACUGUAGUGUCACAGACUUCUGCGUCAGACCUACAAAUUAUGUAAAUGUUGUUCCUAUCAGGAUGCUGAAGUCUUGUAGAUUGGAAGCAGCUCAGUGUCAGCAAAUCAUUGAGGAGCUCAGCAGUCCAUGACAGUAGACUAGAUGAAGAGAAACCUUGCGCAUUAGCUGACCACUAGCAGUCACAGUUCACAGGCUGUUUUUGAAAACUUCAUGGCUGUGUCUGUACUAGUAAACUAAAUGGUUCCAGGGCAAGGACUGUUAGUCCUCAGACAGCUGGGGCUAAAAGGAAUGAUCCUUGUGCCAUACUAACUUCUAGGUAGAGCCCAAACAUUGUCUGGAAGACCUCUGGCUGUGCUGAGCUACAGCCGUGCUAUUUAGCAGUGAAGACAAUUGUUUCCCAGUUUUCGUGGCCCACGCCCAGGCUGUGUUUAAUUUACCAAUACAGACACAGACCGCAUGUGUCUGUUAAACACAUUAAGCGUAUGUUCUGGAAGACUUUAAGUCAAGUCACAUGUUUUAGGAAGGUUAGCUGUACUUUCCCUGAAAAUAAGAUUGACCUGUGAAAGCAAGGUCAGUCUUUACUGUAAGAAAAAAAAAAAAAAUCCUUACACAACCUCUUUGCAUAGGUUCUUGCCGUUUUUUCCCAAAAAGAGCUUUUGUACAGCUGUGCUGCUUUUCCAGGCAUAAUAACAAGCAGGUAUGGAUAUAUAAGGCUGUCUGAUAUGAGAAGUUUUAAGAAUUUUGGCUACUCUAAAUAAUGCUCAUAACUGUGAACUGUUUUAUAUAAGGCACAAGCUGAAAUCCCUUGGCACAAUGUGCCCUGAUUGUUUCAUGACUCAAAAUAUUUGCGAGUAUUACAGGCAGUUCAGAUGCUGUUUGCAAGCAGACAAAAGAGUACAUUGGCCAAAUUACUCUUUUGUUGCACACAGCUGGUCCAGCUGUAGGCUAGCUGAGUAUGAAAGAACGUGACAUCCAUGGCAUUAAAUACCUUCAGGGUUCGUCUUUUGCAUUUACCAAAUACCACAUUGAAAAUCCAUUGCAGUGUACCAAGUGAAGUAACAACUGACUGUUAAUUUACACAAUGACAAUGCUGUCUUCUCCCAUCUAGACCAAUUUAGCAGUAUGAUUUCCUUGGAUGCUGUCUUGUUUUCUGUGCCUGUUCCUCUGUUUGUAGGCUUUCUUAUUUUACCUCUUUAGUCUGCAACAUGUCCUCAUACUGUUAUAAACGGUAACAAUUAAAACAAUUUUAUUUUGGGUUCAAUCAAUUUAGGUUGAGAAACAAUAAGCAAAAACAGUGCUGGGUGCGUGGAGAACUCAAUUAGUUCCACCACACGCACACGCACGCCUGAGUCCUAAAAGCAGCAUCUUUUAUGCCCGGAUCUUGACCAAUCUCUUCUCGCCGGAUGUUCGUCCCGCUCUUUCCCCACUGGGUCGUUAGGGUACGUCUUCUCCUCCUGUUGGCUCUCCUUCGGGCUUGCUUUUCAAAGCCUCAGGGUCUUUGUCUCCUUUGGCAGGCUUUCCCUGGCGGGCUUUCCUUAUCUCCUUUGGCAGGCUUUUCUAAGCAGCGAUUGCCUCAGGGGAAGGGGGAGCUUUUACUUUGUCUCAAAGGAGAGCCACACGCGCCCAUUCAUUACAAUUGGGAUACAGGUUUUAGAUUUACACAGGGUACAACAAUUACACUUACCACACUACAUUCUAUUUUUGACAUGAAUCAUGACUGCGUUUAUCACAAUAUACUGUAACUUCAUAUUGUAUUAUGGUAGCCAAAAGUUUGGUCCUCCACUGGUGUUCCUAAGAAAAUGCAUGCUCUGAGUAUUUUUUGCCACUCCUUUUUUUGUUAGAUAUGCUUUUUCCCAGCCAUCUGCUAGCAGCAUUUAGCUGAAAGCUCCUAUUCUAAGGAACUCUUUCAGACUGUAGUAUCCCAGUAAAGAAAUAAAUUAAUUCCCUUGGAACUCAGUGCUAUACAUAGAUGAGGUAAACAUUCCUUCCCUCCUUUGCUCAAAAAUUAACUAGUAAUAUCUCUUUUGUCACUGCUGUGGGACAGAAGUAUUUGAAGUCCAUCCCAAUUAUGUUUUCAAAUACUGCAAAGAUUUUUAACAUAAUCUAGCUUGGCUUUUCUCUGUUUAUGUAUAAAUAAAUUCUAACAGGCUGGUAUAAAACACAUUCCCAGGUUAAAGGACUGGGCAUGCAUGUGCUGUAGUGUGAAGCAAGUGCAUUGUGAAGUUCUGGAGGCUUCACACAGAAGCAUAAUAAGACCAGCCAGAUUCUAAAGAUUUCAGAUCCUCAGUUUAUAUAGCCAUAUAUAAAUAGCCAUAAAGUAGCUGCAAUCAAUGCCAUUAUUACCAUUCAAACGAGUCACACACUGGCUCAAAGUUAUGUAAGAGGCUAAAAGUUUUUAGAGGUCUGUUGAAGACUGUAUGAUUUCUGUUGGGAUUGCAGGAAGACUUUAGUGUUCUGUUGGCCUCCUUGUUUUAAUGUAACUUGUUUUGACAUGUUGCUUUGAUUACUAUGUGCAUCAGUUAAGACUUUAGGUGCUUCAGAUGUUUUUUGUUGUUUUUCUUUGCGGAAACUUGCACAUAAUCUGAAGAACCCUGAAAGUCUCUAAAAAGAACUUAAAACAUUCUUAUUUACCAUUAAAUAAAAGAUUUGGAAAGCAGAUUCUCCUCACAUAAGAAAUUGAGAACAUUUUAUACAUUAAAAGGAGUAACAGAAGAAUAUCUGGUACUGAAAUCCUGUUCACUAUAUUAAGUAUUUGGAGCCCAAGGUAUCUUUUUUCAUUAAAGGAGAGGAAUAUGUAUAUAUAUAUACACAUAAUAGGCAGAGCUGGUUAUGUAUGUGGGAGAUAAUGAACACUUGGGUCCAAGUACUGAAUCUGUCAGGUGACUGGUGUUUUGAUCUACUCUUUUGUGUCAAAGUCUCUGUUGCCAGCAGAAAUGAAUGUUUCAUUAAACAUUUGUUUCUGGAAAGAAUUGUGGUAUGUACUGACUUGUACCACCCCAGUGAUCCUCACAGAGGAGGUCCUGUCUGUGCUAUUUACUCAACACUAGAUGGGUAUUUUUGACUAUUGGGGUCCUUUGAAGCCCUGUUCCAACAAAGCGCUCAAGUAUCUUAAUAACUUCUAAUAUCUGUGGUGUUUUGUGAAUCAAAGGAACAGCUAAUGUCUUUAAAAUGAAGCCAAGGCUUAAGUGCAUUGCUGGGUGAGGGCUGUAUUGCACAGGAAGACUGAGAUGUUGCCUGUCCAAACAGACUGAGAGACUGUACUGAAAAGUCCGUUUGCUUUGGCUUAGUCUCUAGUAGAUUACAGCUCUACAGUGAUCUUGAAUAGAUCUUUUUGAAUCACAAAAUACUUCAUUUGAGGGAAAGAGGAGAAGGAAAACUAAGCAUGGAGAUGUGUGUAUGUUUUUCUGUACAUUUACUGUUGCUUUGCAUAAUUGCUUUUGUUACCUGCAUAGUUUUGGUAGGGAAGAAUGAAGUUUCUAUUUUUUCUAAUUCCUGUACCAGAAAUGCCAAUCCAGGACUGCUUAACGUUUGAGCAAUGUCAGUAUUUAUUUUUACUUUACAAACUAAUCAGGAAAGGAUAUUAAUUAAUUAUUUUUCAACGUUCAGUGUUGUUGGAGAACGAUUUUAUUCUUUUGUCUCCUGCUCUGUGACAGUCAUAUUCAGGAACAAUAGCAAAGUGCAUAGGGAGAGAAUUAAGAUGCAAUGAUGAUGUUUCCAGACAGAGCUCAUCAGAAGAUGUGUGUGAAGAGGGUGCAGAUGUGUUUGUACCUCUUUCUGCACCCUGCUGCACCUUCUUCCACGUUGCCUUUGCUCACUGCGCUUCAGGUCCAGUAUCAUUUGGUGGCUCUGUGGGAGAGAGGGUCUUGUGUGUUUAUCCUGCAUAAUGCAGGAGAGCCCCCUCCGGCACCGGCACCGCAGGGUUGUUUAUCAGCUCCUUAAAGGAGUCAGGUUAGUUCUGUGGUGAGUUUCUGUUACUUGGGGGAUCUGCUCUGAUAUUCCUUGAUCUCAGUGCAGCAGAAGCUGGCUUGGAGUCUUCUUCACAGGGCUUGAGCACAGUAUUUUCUGUCCCAGUCUGGCAGUGGCUCUACUCCAGUGUAUUCUCAUUCAGGGAGAAUUUUGAAGUGCAUCAACUGUCUUGGGUUGAGUGGGGUGUAAGCACAAGCUCGAAUGCUUUCCCAAACAGAACAGUUCUCUUGACUUGUGUUUGUUUUGGGCCAGGCUUUGUCAGCUAGUAUGAACAUGGUUGAAAAGGGCAUCAGCUGCAGGAGUAGCAGCGAGGCAGAGCUUCCUUCUGUAUGCAUGGGUAGAGCUUGGGGUGCAGGUGGCCAGCCGUAGCACUGGCCUGCUUGUUAGGAUCUAGCUGUGGAGUAGGAGGAAAUUACACGCAUGCUGCUUCUAACUAUGGAUACCAUGAUUCAGCCAGUGAAAUUCAAUUCUUUUUAAUUUUCAUGAACUGGAUAGUGGUUUUGGUGAUGGUUUAUCUCACAGAACAGUAGCUGUCUGAAAAUGAGAGGCCCAGAUCAUCUAAUUUUCUCUGUAAUAAUAGGAAAUAAUAAAAGGACUCGGUUGCUGAGGCAAGCAGCUCUGAUGGUGGCACGAGUGGGAGUGGAGUGCUCCAGCACAGUGCACACAGGAUUUCCUGAAUUGGAGAAACCUCAGGGGAGCCAAAUGCUGCCAGGAUCCCUCAGCUUGCAUGAUAGCAGCUGAUGGCACCUGGGCAGGGCCAGGAGCAACAGCAGCCAGCUCCCCCCCCAAAAAAAUAAGCCCUCAGGGUGCAUGAGCAAUCAGGGUGGGCAAACAAGGCAUGGCGUAUAAGCAGUGGCACGGUGUGGCGGUUUGUGCGGCAGGGCAGGCACUGAAGCCCUGCCAGCUUGACCAGGGAGCAGUGGUAUCCACCUGGCAGAAAGCCAUGGCCUCUCUAGGCUCUGCGCCCACCGUGGCUGGCACAGCUGCCCAGACAGAGCUCUGGUGGGACCACGCAGCCAGUGCUGGGCUGCCGGCUGUGCCCUGCUCUUACGUCCAUACCGGAUGGCAGCGGUGAGCACCUCGGUGGGACGUGCGCUCGGGGAGAGCAACUCCUCCGCUUAGUGACAGAGUGCCGAGGGGAGGCGAGGAGGGUUGAGGAGUAUCAGGGAGUGGGAUUAAAAUAGACUACUGGAAUUGCACCCUGCUUUCCCCGAGACAGGCCCAACAGGCAGACAGGCGACAUGACACGGAGGACUCCCUACCCUCUCUCCACCUGGCUGAACAGGAUGACUGAAGGGAUAGGGGCAAUGGUGACAGGUUCCUGCCCAGUGCAGCAGGCGCGUCUCCUCUGUGCCUGCCCUGCCUGCCCAGGUGCCCGUGCAUAAACAGGUAUGAGGCUCUGCAAGUGGAACCAAACAGUAAUGACGGUGAUGGUUCAUCCAGUGUGGAGGUGUCGCCAAGGUUAAGUUGGCCUAUGCGCUGCGUCAAAACCGGCAUGGCACGUUUCCAUAAAGAUAAAAAGACAGGUUGUUGUAAUAGGACACUUUCCUGAGGGGAACAGAAGGCCCAACAUGCAGACCAGACCCACUUCUUAGGGAAGUCUGCUGCCUCCCUGGGGCCCGGGUUGAGAUGUGAACAGAAAGCUGCCUACCCUGGUAUGGCCUCAGGUUAUUAUGCAUUACUGAUUUUUCAGGUAGGCAGUGAUGAAGUUGCAACAAGUCUGAGGGCCCUCAAGAGAGACUUCAGGACAUUGGGACAACCAGUUAAGGGAUCAGGAGCACAGGCAGUGUUCUCCUCUGUCCUUCCAGUUGCAGGGAGUGAUGAGGGAAGAAACAGGAAGAGCCAGCAGAUCAAUACCUGGCUCCAAGCCCGCUGUCACCGGCAGAAUUUUAGAUUCUUUGAUGAUGGGUUGGUCUACACAACACCAGGCCUGCUGGAGACAGAUGGGAAACACCUGUCCCAAAGGGAGAAAAGGAUCUUUGUGCAGGAAUUAGCAGAGCUCACUGAAAGAGCUUUAAACUAGAUUUGAAGAGGGAAGGGGAUAAAACCAGGCUCACUAGAGAGAAGCCAGCAUGCUAGUGUUUGAGGGGACAGUGUACUAGCAAGGUCCCUCAGUCUGCCAUCUCAGUGGAGGUAGGGAAUAGACAUCUACAUAGCAGCAAAGACACAAGGGUCAUUGAUGUGUUAGAAACCACCGAAGCACACAAGAAUGGUCACAUAGAAAUUAAGGCCUCUCCCCUCCAAAAGGUGGCAGGGUCAGUAGCCCAGCUGAAGUACAUCUACACCUGUGCACACAGUGUGGGUGGCAAACAGGAGGAGCUGGAAGCCGUUGUGGAGCAGGAAAACCAUGACAUAGUUGCCAUCACAGAAAUGGUCUGAUGACUGUCACAACUGGAGUGCUGCAAUGGGUGGCUAUAAAAUCUUCAGAAGGCAUAGGGAAGGAACCAGAGGUGGUAGGGUACCCCUGUAUGUUAGGGAGUGUUUUGAUUGUCUAGAUUUUAAUGAUGGUGAUGAUAAGGUUGACUGUUCAGGGGUAAGAAUCAGAAAGGAGGCCAACAAGGCAGAUACUGUGGUGGGAGUCUGUUGUAGACCACCCAGUGAAAUAUUCUAUAAGCAGCUGGGAGAAGUCUCACAAUCACUAGUCCUUGUUCUCAUGGGAGAUUUCACCUUACCAGAUGUCUGCUGGAAAUACAAUACAGUGGAGAGGAAACAGCCUAGGAGGUUCCUGGAGUGUGUGGAAGAGAAACUUACUGACACAGCUGGUGAGUCAGCCAGCUAGGGAAGGCGCCCCGCUGGACAUGUUCUUUGUGAACAGAGAAGGACUUCUGGGUGAAGUGAUGGUUGGAGGCUGUCUUGGGCAUAGCGAUCAUGAAAUGAUGGAGUUUUCGAUUCUUGGAGAAGUGUGGAGGGGGCUCAGCAGAACUGCUGCCUUGAGACUUAUGGAGGGCUGACCUUGGCCUGUUGAGGAGACUGGGUGACAGUGUCCUUUGGGAGGCAGGCCUGGAGGGCAGAGGAGUUGAGGAAGGCUGUGCACUCUUCGAGAAGGAAAUGUUAAAGGGUGCAGGAGCUGGUGAAGGGUCUAAAGCACAAGUGUUACGAGAAGUAGCUGAGGGAACUGGGGUGGUUUAGUCUAGAGAAAAGGAAACUCAUGGGGGACCUGAUCGCUCUCUACAACUACCUGACAGGAGGCUGUAGGCAGCAGUGUAUUGGUCUCUUCUCCCAAGUAGCAAGCGAUAGGACAAGAUGAAAUGGCCUCAAGUUGCAGCAGGGGAGGUUUAGAUUGGGUAUUAGGAUAUUAUUGGAUAUUCCUGCCAAAAGCAGGAAUAUUAGAAAACAUCAACGCUGGUUUUGGCAGUAGCUAGCCUUAGGCUCUUCCAGAGCAGGUUGACUGUGGUAGAUAACUGGUCUGCAUUUCUGCAGAGGGGAUCUCGGUGGUAGCUGCAGAGAUACUGUCCCACAUUAUGUUCUUUUUGAGAAAAUUAUCUUCUCGUGUAUCCAUUUUCCUUCCAGAACAGCCUAAUAGGCUGCAGUUGCUCAGGAAUUUCUUUCCUUUCGUUCUGUACUGAAAGCCAUUUAUAACAUACGAUAAUUUGAAAAGCUGUUGGGAACUAGAAGGAGGCAGAAAAUGACACUGUCAUGUCCUCUGAAACAGUUUGUGACAGGCUGAUCAUUGCUGUGUGCAUGACGCUGCCACACAGCACUAGUGAGUGCAUAAAUUAACUGCUGAGUGUCACCAGAGUUAAUCAUGAGCUCUGCUAUUCAUGAACAGAGGUAGUAGCAUUUUCAGGGGUCAGCUUCUACUGUCCAGUUCUUAAAUACCUGUUUUCACAAUAUAUAAAGAGGUCGUUGUAAUGUAUCCCACUGAGUAGUUUUUGUAACCCCAGAUAAUCAUUCUGCAUAUUACCUGUCCAAAAGUUGCAGGUUGAGCCUGCAAAGCAUAAGAAGUUUCGUGUUCUGUGCAUAUGUUAGCAUAUUUCUGUUUCUGUACACAUUUCAUGUAGAGUUUGGGAAGGAGUAAUGGUACUGUAGAGCAUAAAAUCUAGCUUCAGUGUUUUUAUUCUUUUGAAAUCUUACACUGAACCAUAACUUUAUGCAGUUGUCAACUGUAGAACUUUCAAGAGAUUUAGAUUUCUGUUGAGACCCAUUGCCAGCACAGUAAAAAAGAUGACCAGUCAAAAUAGGUAUCCUUUGGCACAAUAAAUCUCCAUGGUCCAGCCUGCGAGCCUGCAUUCUCUGCAUUAUUUAUGCCUUCAAGAUACAGCAAGAUUUUAUCGACCCAUUUUCUUGCUGGGGGCCUCCAUGGAACUCAGCCCUUGCCUACCAGUUGCAUGUGUCCUUCUUACUGGAUAUUUGUGGUUGCUGUCCACAUGGGGUGUAAAAAUGAGCUGCUUGGGAACAGUGCCGAGGUAGUUAGAGGUGAAAGGAUGACUUUUAGAUGUCUUUGAGCUACUGAAUACCUAAUGUGCUGGAUCUAUGGGUGUGCUUUACUGUUUCAAGAAGAAAAAUAAUCUGAAAUGUCUUUUUAAGCAGAUCGCAAGGCAACAUGGAAGUCUUUACUUUUACGGUUGUUGGGUUUUUUUACUUCAGCGGCAUCUGUGAUGUCUUUUUUUCUGACCCCAUUGUAGCUUAUUUUAAUAGCCUGUUGAGGGUAAUCAUUAUACAAACUCCUUUCUAUUACUUCUGAAAAACAGCUUCCCUGGCCUCAAUAAUUGUACCCGCCUUUACAAAUGUGAAUUAGUUGUUGAGCAAUUUUUAAAACAAAUGGGAAAAAAUGCACUUAAAUUACAUUACAAGUAAAUUAUAUUUAAGGUGAAGACUACAUCGAUAUAUCUAAAAAGAAGACAAGUCCUGCAGUGCAGCCAAGCCUUUACCUGUUUAGUAAAGAGUUGUGAAAUAUCUUACCUGAGUCAGCUGACCUUGUUGUGAGAUACUGCCCAUGAAUCUGUUACUGAAUUAUUUAACAUUUGUUCUUUUGUUUUUAAAGCAAGAGUCAAUGCAAGGUAUCAUUUUAAAUCAGCGUGCUAAAGUGUGCAUAUUCUGUAUAUCUAAUAUGUCAUUGUUGUCUCUUGUUUCUGUAAUGCAUUCGCAUUACUAUGAAUCAAUUUUAUUAGGCUUCUCUAGAGACUAUUGCUGCCUGCACGCUGUGAUAUAUUUGCACUGUUGUAGAUAUAUAUAUAAAAAUACAUAUAUAUAAUUAUAUUAUAGAAACCAUGUCUUUUUCAGGUUGCUUGUUACCUUUGUAGUUUAUGCUUACUGGUACAGUGGACCUGAGUAAAAAUGUGGGAUGUGGGGCAUUCUGAUGAUACGUUACAAUGAUAGAGAAAUCUUUGUAUAUUUCUGUAUACUUAAUACCUGUAAGAAGAGAUUUGUAUGUGCAUUAUUUUCCAAACUAGGGCUUUGUUUUCUGAGACUAGAGAACAUUUAUGAUAAUGUAACGAUCAAAAAAAAAAUCAAAUAAAGUGUUACUAUUUUCAGACA